AUGCAGAACAACGAGAACGACUCCUCACAGGUGUUGUCCACCGCUGGCGGCCGAAGAGCUCUUAAACAGCGCUCAACGAUUCUGAAGACAAUUGAACCCAAUUGUGGUAAACCGAUGGCGAAGACAACCCGCGCCACGAAGUCUAACCCCAAAGCCAAACACGUGUCGAGUGCGGGAAGCGGUGGUCAGCCGAAGGACCAGAAGUCGGAAAAAGACAGCGAAAGCCAACCAAAUGCAAGACCUGUGGCUAAAGUGGAGCCAAACCGGGAGUCAGACAAUGAUAACCACGCGGACAGUGUGGUGAAGCCGAAGACCCGUAACCCCAACAGCCCUCUCAUCGCGCGCUUUGAGAGACCCGACCCUAAGAAGAGGUUCUACUUCUCGGAACAGCUCUUAUAUCCGGGCGGUAACGAAGAGUUCUGUUUCGAGGAGAUUAGAGGCAGGAAAUGGAUGGCGAAGAUGAAGGGCGAGGAGGAGGAGAGGCGUCGCGAAGAGGAAGCCCUGAAGAACGCCAAACUCGAGGAAGAGGUGGCGAACCUUCGCCUCCAAGUGCAGCAACUCUUGAGUUCUCAACAGAUAUCACGCCAACCGCCGAGGAAUACUCAACAAACGGCGCCCACUAUUGUAGCGAAACCCGCGCGACAACAGAAGCCCUCUAAUACCGUUCCCACACCACUACCUGAGCCUAAACUCGUGACCCAAGACUCGCAUUCACCGCUUCCGCCAUACAGUGCGGGUUCGGAGUCGAGCGCCAACUCUCCCGACAACGCGAGUAAAGCGGCGCUAAGUAUGAUGAGAGACCUGUGGAACGGCACUCUCGCCACCACUGCCACCGAUUUGGGACACAAUAACACCAAACCCAUCGACGAGAACCUUCAGAAAAAGGAGAACUUCUUGAUCUACGCGGACACCACUCUGGGGUUCAAAUCUGACGCCAAACCUCGUGAGUCCAUAGCUUUCGACUACACGAUAGCGCUGCCGAAUAACGAAGACUCGUUCAUCGCGAAGACCUCCUGUUCCUCGACACCAAUGGCUGAGCGCAUGAAGCGAAUGAGUUUGAACGCCGACGCCCUCCAAGCCCUUCAGGCGAACGUGAAUUUCGUGGGCGGACUGACCGCCAAACUGUCGCCAAUCAUAGAGACGAGUCGCGAGUAUAACAGUAAGUCGUCAUCUUCUUCGUCGGGAACGAUGAGCACAACCGGCGGGGCGUCGGCUCUGAGUCGCCGUCAGCGGGCGCUGUCCGGCGCCGUCGAACCCGUGGAUCCGUUCGACGCCUACCUAUUGACACAACUGUUGCACUCAUUGCCGGAGCCGAUCGACGCGAGGAAAGGCUUGUUUCGAGUGAAGAAAGCGUUGCCUAAGAUUAAGCCCAAACAGACGCUCGUGAAGUUGGGCGCCGACACCUAUCUCGUGGACCGGCUGAUAGCUACCGGCGCCUACGCCCAGGUAUACGCCGCGCAGAUCGAGGAUACGGGCGAUUCGGUGGACUCGGACGAGACGGGCGGCAGCACAGCGUUCAGUAAAUUUAUAUCUCAAAAGUGGUUCGCUUUGAAAGUCGCCAAACAGGCCAACGAAUGGGAGUUCUAUGUCUGCGAUGAACUCCAGAGACGGCUCAGCCGUUCCAAGUGUUUGCCUGAUAUUGAGUUGUCUGUAAUGUCGACCAACCCGUCGGUGAUGUUCAAAGACGGCUGUGUUUUGGUGGAUGAGUUCGUGCCGAACGGCACUCUCAUAGAUGUGGUCAACGCAUGCAAACUGCAGGACAAGCCGUUCCCCAAAUCAUUGAUCGCAUACUUUUCACUCGAAUUGAUACUUAUUGUACAACAGAUCCACAAAAAUCUCAUUAUUCACGCCGACAUCAAACCCGACAACAUCUUAGUCUUGAAUUUUCCUAUUCGCGAAGACAUUAAUACUGUACUGAAGAGAACGACUUCAUUAAAGCUCAUAGACUUCGGGCGCGCCAUUGACUUAAAACUGUUUCCCGAGGGAACGGUAUUCAACGUAAACGUCAAAACGAAAGGCUCGCAAUGCUGUGAAAUGUUGGACUCAAAGCCGUGGACUUUUCAGACCGAUUGGUUCGGAGUAUUGGAUUGCAUUCAUGUCAUGCUAUUCGGGGAUUACAUAAAAGUGCGCAAAAAUCAAGUGAACAACAGCUGGGAAAUCGUCGAGAAGUUUAAACGCUAUCACAUGAGCGACUUGUGGGCCCCUCUGUUCAACACACUGUUGAAUAUCCCGAGUUGUGAACAAAUACCCGAUUUGUCGCCAUUUGUGGAUCAACUCAACGAAUAUAUCAAACAAAAUGUCAAUCAAAUCGUGAGAGACGGCAAUGAUUUGGAAGUGUUGUGCGAUUCGGUGCAUAAAAAGUCGAAAAAAUAAUUCAAUGAAUGUCUCAUU